GAGGAAACGUACAAGCUGUUCACGUCAUAUGAUUUGUUAGAUUUUCACGAAGAAAUUAACUGCUGGCGAGGAGAACAACAUUGUAGGAUAGAUUACAGCAGACUUGGCCAUGGCUGAUCCACCUCAGAACAGCAGUCAUUCAGAUGGCAGGAGGCAGGGACCAUUCCGUCCAGUGGUUAGCCAGAACGCCACAACAUUACAGCAGGCCUUUUACGAUCUGGCUCAGAGAACUGCAUCGCCCUCAUCCCCUGUUGACACAGUCAUCGAUAUGUCACGACCAGAAAUUCAAGGCCUGUUUUCAGGUAGUUCUGUGUCGCGUCAUGCAGGAUUCCCACAGAGUCCCCAUGCUGACGCUCACAGUCACAGUUUCCAGCAGAGGUCCCAGCAGGGACAGCCCCAUGCGAGACGUGGUGGGGAUGAGAACCAGAAUGGUGACCAGCCUCCCCUGCAGGACCAGCACCCAAACUGGGCCCUGCUCCUCAAGAGCUGUGAGACAGCUGGACCAUUCGCGCUUAUUAUCUUCAUCAAGCUAAUGUAUGACCACAGAUUAGGCAUCCUGUUAUUUGCUGGAUUGAUGGGUACAUUCUACCAUGCAAACAGGAAGCUGGAGCUGGAGAUCUAUAAUUCUGUUAUGCGGCAGGAGAACAGACCCAGUCAGUCCAGGAUGACGAUUCUCUGGAUUGUUCUGUUGAUGACGGUCAACGUUCUGGUCAUUUACUACAUAUUUGCCGAUCAGCAACUCUGGAGAAGUUUGUAUUUUCAACUGCCGGUGGUCGAAACUGUUGAUAUUUGGACAUUAGCCUGGAUCCUGGUCAUUACAGAUUUUGUUCUCAAAUUUCUGGCGAUAGCGAUCAAAGGAUGCUUGUCACUUCUACCUCAGAUUUGGCUAUCACCAAAAAAGCGGGGAAAGUAUUACAUGUUCAUAGAGCAGUUCAUCCAGUUCUAUCGAUGUCUGGUAGCGGUGCGACCUUGGUUACACUACCUGGCUGACUUCAACCACGGCGGUCAGACCCUGUCUGUGAUACUUCUGCUGGUCUACUGUUUUUGUAAGGUCAGCAUAAUAUAUAAAAAACUGAAGGAAGUACGAGAGGCCUUCAGGAAGGUCAGAGUGGAUAUGGUGUUUGGUACAAAGCCAUCUCGAGAAGAAGUAAAGGAAACAGGUGAGACAUGCCCGAUAUGUCAGGAUGAUUUCAGAGAACCAGUAAAACUCAGCUGCAAGCAUAUCUUUUGUGAAGACUGUGUGUCAAUUUGGUUUGAUCGUGAGAAGACGUGCCCUAUGUGUCGUGCCCAAAUAGCUGACAACCCACUGUGGAGGAAUGGAUCCACCUGCUCCAAUGUGCAGUGGUACUGAGGGCCAGAGUUAUCUCCCCUUGUGAACUGUGCAACAUCACUAAACUCGGCCUUGUUUUCUAGAAACUGGACUGUCAACCCCAUGUCAGAUGAAGACAUGACAUAUAUAUACUAUUUCAGACAACAACCAGUUUUUAGCUGAAAUGUCGCAAAAUCUUGCAGUCCGGGGAAGCUAGGUGCUAAUUUUCACCCGUUGGCCUGUUUUUUAACCUAGCUAUAGCAUGCUUACUGCGUUAAAUAUCUUUUUCAUCGAAAUUCUACAUUGGAAAUAGUGUCCCCAUUCUCGCUAACUUGUAGUAAAGAUGACGGAGAAACUGAACAUGUUAGGUAAAAAGUGUUACUUUGAAGUUGAUGUUUUUAUAGUAUUCAGUUGCAUUGAGUGUAGUGGCAGGCAGUCUGGAAUUAAGGGGCUUACUCGAACACAUUUCAGGGUUAUGGUGGACAUGAGCACUUUAGACAUGGUGUUUAACACGAAAUGUGGCAGAUUGGUCUAUCACAAAAACUUCUAUGAGAUGACUUUAGAACAUGCAGUGAAAUACCGGGACAAAAAACAAACAAAC